UCUGGCAGCAUUAAAGAAAAUAUCAAGCAUUUGCUUGACCAUAGUAUUCAGCAUAGUGUAAUAACGCCUUAAAUUUAAUUGACAAAGUUCAUACCCGUCAUUGCUCAACGCCGUUGUUCAAAUUGUGCGACACAGAACUCUCUGGCAUAAACGUAAACAUUCAAGUUAAUCUAUUAUUGUUCUGUGAUAAUUUCUAAAUAUUUUAAAAAUGUCGGUAACAUUACACACCGAUGUGGGUGAUAUUAAAAUUGAACUUUUUUGCGAAGAUUGUCCCAAGGCAUGUGAAAAUUUCUUAGCCCUAUGCGCCAGUGAUUAUUAUAAUGGUUGUGCAUUUAUACGCAACAUUAAGGGAUUCAUUGUUCAAACCGGUGAUCCCACAAAUACGGGUAAAAAUGGUCAUUCUAUAUGGGGUCGUAAGUUCGAAGAUGAAUUUAAGGAAAAUCUAAAACACACUGAUCGCGGCAUGUUAUCAAUGGCAAAUAAUGGACCGAAUGCCAAUGCUAGUCAGUUUUUUAUCACCUAUGCUGCUCAGCCAAAUUUAGAUUUGAAAUAUACAUUAUUCGGUCGUGUUAUAGAUGGUUUCGAUGCUUUGGAUGAAUUAGAAAAAUUGCCAGUUAAUCCGAAAACCUAUCGUCCACAUGUGGAAAAGAAAAUUAAUGGUGUUACAAUACAUGCAAAUCCUAUAGCGGGAUGAUUUUUAAUUAUAGUGCUUUUAAGAUUAGUUGAAUAAUUAUGUAUAUUAAAUUUUUUUACAAAAAUAAAUGUCGAAGAAAAACGGUACAAAAAUAUCUCUUAUUAGUUAAAUCUUUCCCUUUAAUUACCGUUUUUUAAUAAAAUCUUUGAUUACGACUUAAAAAUAGAACAACAGAUUAGUCUAUAGUAUUGACUAAAUAACAGUCUAUAGUCUCGACUAAUGAUUAGUCUAUAGUUUCGACUAUAGAUUAACCUAUGGUCUCUACUAUAUAUUAGCCUAUAGUCUUGACUAUAGAUUUGUUUAUAGUCUCGACUAAAGAUUAGUCUAUAGUCUCGUCUAAAGAUUAGUCUGUAAUA